UAGGAUCGCGGCUAUCUCUCUUUGCUUUUGCUCAACGAUCAAGCAGUAAGCCGUUUCAGCUCGAGCGGAGUGCGAGUUCGCCGAGCAAGAACGGGAGCCGGGUUUCGAAGAGAGAGCAAAACUGGCUUGACACGCGUGUUAAGGAGCGUCGAGAAAGCUCGAUUAACGUAUAAACCGCGUCCCGUGGAAAUCGUUUAACAGUGUUUUUCGCGAUGAGUGUACCUGGCAAGCAAAACCAGAACAAUACGUACGAAUUUAAUCGUAUACCAGAAUACAAGACACGAUGGAGGACCGUUCGUGAUUUUAUCCACGACCCGGCCGAGGGCACCUAUUGCGGUCACACAGGAAAAAGAUGGGCCAUCACUGGAAUUUUUUACACGUGUUUCUUCAGUGGAUUGGCCUUGCUCUGCGCCAUUUGUAUGAAAGGAUUAAUGGCUACUAUAGAUUAUGAAAAACCAAGGUGGAUCUUGGAGGAAAGUCUAAUAGGAACUAAUCCAGGUCUAGGAUUUCGACCAAUCUCCAACAACACUGACGAAAGAUCAUUAAUUUGGUAUAGUUCGUCGGAUCCUAAUUCGGUGCAAAAGUGGACUCGUCUAAUAGAUACAUUUCUAACAGAAUACCAAAAUUCGUCGCUAUUACCGAAUGGCGGUAGAAAUCAACAGAUUUGCAAUUAUGACACACCAGUUAAGCCUGGACACGUUUGCGCGGUCGAAGUGAACAACUGGGGGCCUUGUUCGCCUGCUCAACAAUACGGUUUUAAUAAUUCAGCUCCUUGCAUUUUCAUCAAAUUAAAUAGGAUAUACGGUUGGUUACCUGAAUAUUAUAAUGAUACCGAAAAUUUACCACAUGAGAUGCCACAGUCGUUAGUUAAACACAUCAAAUCCGUUAACAGUACUUGGCUGAAUACUGUAUGGGUAUCCUGCGCUGGUGAAGAUCCUCAUGAUAACGAAAGUAUCGGUGAACUAAACUAUUAUCCUGAAAGUCAAGGAUUUCCAGGGUAUUAUUAUCCCUAUCAAAAUAUCCCUGGUUACUUAAGUCCCGUUGUUGCCGUACAUUUUCUUCGACCAGCAAGGAAUCGGAUAAUCAACGUGCAGUGUCGAGCUUGGGCGAAAAACAUAAAAUACACUCCAUCAAAAGGCAAGAGAAGCGGUGGUGUGGUUCACUUUGAACUAAUGAUUGACGAAUGACAAUUGUCGUGUGUCGCCAACAAAAGAUGUUUUGUCUCUUGACAAAAAGAUCUUAUAGAAAGACGCUCACUCGGCGUAAAGAGGAACUAGCCGACAAAAGCAAAAGCCGACGGGUUGAAUUUUUGAAAACAGUUGAUGGCCAAGGAAUAGUUAAUUCCUGCUCAGGUGAAAUUCAGAUACUAGUAAUCGCUAGUAUUUAGGCAACAAUAUGUGACGUGAGUAUACAUAUGUAUAGCAUUAAAAAAAUCACUACUAUUUGAGGUCCAUUUGAAUCCAUACAUCUGUUUUUCGUUCACGCUUAUCAAGUUAUUGGCGGAUACUGCUAUAAAAAUAAAAUCAUUAUCGAUCGUUUCACUUAUCAUGAUUUUUUAAAGCUAGAAUAGAUAAAGCAUUACAUCAUUACAAGGAAGUAAUUCAUUUCACAUUUCAAAUAACAAAAUUCAGCUACUGGUACUUAUCUUAUACAGAUUAACUUUUUGAUGCAAUUUUAAAGCAAACUUUUAAUCUUUUUUGUAAUCUAAAUUUUGUACAAUGCAUAUUAUUAUAGUAAAAAUCAGGAGAUGAAAAGAAAAGGAGUAGUAUCAGUUUUGUUCAUUAUCUUGUGAUUUACAGUGAUAAAUAGAUGUAAAGAAAUAUACAUAAUAUUACCUCGUUAUCUUUAUUUAUAUUGGUUCAUCAACCUAGAUAUAGCAUACACUGCAACGAAAUAAUUUUUAAGUGUUUUAACUAUGAUGAGCAAAGAAUAAACUGAAAUUGUUCUUUUGUAAAUUUGUUCUAUUGUAAAUUUAAUUGUUAAUUAUGUAAACACUUAGCAGAUUUUUCAAAUAACAAAUAUAAGAACAAAAGUAAAAGCAUUCAUAUUGUAUGAAUCUCUCUCAAUAAUGUUUUCAUUAAAUUCAAACAACUUCAGAUGCAUAUUAUUAUAUUUUAAGAAAAUAUUAUUUCUCUUUCAUGUCUUAAAAAAAUAAUUGCUCUGAUAUAAUGAAGUCAAAAUUCAUUUAAGUUAAAGUUGUUUGAAGUUGCAGCAUUAAACAUCGCCAAUUAUUUUAAGAGUUAUACUUAGAUAUAGGUACUUAUUAAAUGUAUGUACUUAUGUCGUUUAUAGUGUUCCCAUAAGAGAUUGUUUAACAGCAUUUUGUGCUGAUAAUAAUAACGAUGUAUCCUGUUGUAUAAAUAAAAACAGUUUUUAAAUGUGAAUAAAUUUUGUAGAUAAUGACUAUGUAUAAAUAGGAUAAAGAAUUGUAAAAGAUGGCGAAUUAUAUUACCCAAAUAUAACCCAAA